CAAAGAAGAAGAAGAAGACUUAGUGCUUGCGUGGACCGAUCGGGUGAUAAAGCAAGAUGGCGUCUGACGGAGAAGGCCUAAACGCGGGCAUUAUAUUUCUGUAUUCUUACAUAUAUGUUGUUUAAUAGAGUACACACGGUUAAUAAUUGUUUGUAGCAGGAUACAUUAGUCUGAGCGCACUUUGACACUCCUGUUUGCUAGCUUCAUUUAAGGUAGCUUGCAGCUAGCUUAGCUGGCUAGUUAGCUUAGCUUGUUAGCUGCUAACAAAGAGACGCGGACGUUAUUUAAACAUCGCUAAGUAGGGAAGUAAUGUGAGUGUAAAGUGUUGUGAUUGUGUGAAAAUGUGCGAAAGAACGAUGGCAGAGUACGAGGGGGAACUUUGUCCAACAAAAGAGGAGAAGGAGCGACAACAUCAAGUUGUGUUACACAGAACAGACGUCCAGCAGCCCCCUCACAUUAAAGAGGAAGAGGAGGAUCCACAGUCACCCCCUAUUAAAGAGGAAGAGGAGGAUCCACAGUCACCCCACAUUGAAAAGGAAGAGGAGGAAGUGUGGAUCAGUCAGGAGGGAGAGUGUCUUCUAGGGCAGGAGGAGGAUGAUGUCACCAAGUUUCCGCUGACUGUUGUCUCUGUGAAGACUGAAGAGCAUGAAGACAAACCACCUGAGUCCUCACAGCUUCAUCACAGUCCAAACGUCUGUGAAGAACAACUUCUGCCUGAAAACCAGGAGUGUAGCUUCAGGAUGGUGAAGGAGGAUCCAUCACCAGACUCACUGACCCCCCACAUUAAAAAGAAAGAGGAGGAACACAGCAUCAGUCAGGAGGCAGAUCAUCUUGAAGGACUGGUGGAGUUCCCAGUGACUGGUGUCCCUGUGAAGAGUGAAGAUGAUGAGGUCAAAGGUGAAAGUGAGGAGAAGAGAGAGGCGGAGCCUCCAAGCAGCAGCUCAACACAACACAUAACAGAAGCUGAUGGAGACCACUAUGGAGGAUCACAAGCAGACAAGCUCUUAGCUCCACUAUCAGAUAGUGAGGACACAACGUCACACUCUCCUGACACUGAUGAUGAAGACUCUAAAGAUGAUAAGACAUGUCACACUGACAACACUCACUUCAAAUGUUCUCACUGUGACAAAACCUUUAAAAGCCAUAGUCAUCUGAAAAGACACAAGAGAACACACACUGGAAAGAAACCUUUUUCUUGUUCAAUCUGUGGCUUAUCUUUUACAAGGAAGGAAAAUAUGAAAGAGCACACAAGAACACAUAAAGGAGAAACAACUUUUUCGUGUUCUGUGUGUGAUUCAAGUUAUGUACGAAGUCAAGGUUUGAAAGAACACCCGAAAAGAUACACUGGGGAAAACCUUAAGUGUUCUGCGUGUAAUUCAAGUUGUGUCCAAGGUGAACAUUUGAAAGUACACAAGAGAACACACACAGGAGAAAAACCUUUUACCUGUUCACUGUGUAGUAAAGGUUUUGCACAAAGUCAAAAUUUGAAAGUACACAUGAGAACACACACUGCCAAGUGCAGCGGCAGCGAUCGUUUAUUGUUUCCUCUCGCCUGGACUUAUAACAUGGAGGAUUACAUAUCUAAAAUAAAACACUUUUCUAAACUGGACUUUCAAUCGAAGCAGGACGUAAUAAUUAAAGGAAGACCAAUGCCAAAGCUAAAAGGUUUGCAUCAGACUUCGGGACAGAAGACCCGUUCUUUUCAAACGGUGUGGUACACACGAAAAGGCUGGCUGUGUGGAUGUCCAGCAAGAAACCGCCUUUUCUGCUUUUCCUGUCUUCUUUUCUCUUCUUGUGACAAUGCCUGGACUCAGAUGGGAUAUUGUGACCUGAAGAAUUUGCAGAGAAGCCUCAUCAAACAUGAGCGGUCGACCACUCACAUUCAAAGCCAGAUCGCGCUCAAAACGUUCAGGGUGUCCAGGAUAGACUUGGCUUUGGAUGAACAGCAAAGACUCAACAUCAGCACCCACAAUGCUAAGGUAAAAGAGAACCGAGGGAUUUUAAAAGACCUCAUCAAUGUCACCUGCUUCCUCGCCAAACAGCAACUGGCAUUCCGUGGAAAUGAAGAAAGUACAGGCUCUACCAAUCGUGGCAACUAUGUUGAACUCUUGCAUGCUAUUGUUGAGAAGGAUGACAGGCUAGCUAGGCAUUUGGAGACAUCCACUGUAUUUUCUGGUUUGUCAAAUGGAAUACAGAAUGAUUUAAUCGAAGCAGUUGGGGAUGUCGUUAGAAAUGACAUUAAAAAGGAGAUCAGUGCAGCCCCAUUUGUUGCUGUAGAAGUGGACGAGACCACAGAUGUCACAAACCAAGCUCAGAUUUCUGUCAUAUUACGGUAUGUGGCUACAACUGAAGCAGGCUGUGAGGUGAGGGAGGCGUUUUUGGGAUUUGAUGACGUCCGUAAUGACCGACGCGCUCCUGCCAUUGCUGAGUAUGUCCUGGGAGUGUUGGAGAAGUAUCACUGUGUUGAAAAGCUUGUAGCUCAGACCUAUGAUGGGGCCGCUGUAAUGGCCUCAGAGCUUAAUGGCGUGCAAGCUAAAAUUAAAGAAAGAGUGCCCGAAGCCAUGUUCACCCACUGUUACGCACACAAGCUGAACUUAGUGCUAUUGCAUUCAGCAAAGUGCAUGCCCGAGUGUCGCACGUUUUUUAAAACAGCUGAGGGACUAGCCUCAUUUUUCAGCAAGUCCACAAAGCGCACUCACUUGCUGGAUGAUGUUGUCAAGCGCCGUUUACCCAGAGCAGCGCCCACAAGAUGGAGCUCUAACUCUAGGCUGCUGCAGACAAUAAGCAUGCACCACGAUGAUCUGCGCUCGUUAUUUCACAUCAUCAUUGAAAAUCCUGACAGCUGGGAUAAUGACACGCUGAUGAUGGCAGCAGGAUACGAUCAGUGGCUGUCAAAAGCAUCUACAUGCUUUCUCCUUAUGGUAUAUGAGUACAUUUUCAAUGAGACUAGUGCACUUUGUAGAGUGCUGCAAAACAAAGUGAUGGACAUUGAAUAUUGUCUUGCACCCAUCCGCGACACCAUUGAAGCUCUCGAGCGCAUGAGACUGGAGUUCAAAAGUUUCUGUGACCGAUUUGAGAAGAAAUGCAGCGCACUUGGCCUGGCAGAGAGUGGAGACAGACAGUCAAUUAGAUUUGAACGAAAACGAGUGUUCUGUAACAUUCUGGAUGACAUAAGCUAUCAAAUGAAGGCUAGGUUUGAUCAUUUUGGUGAGCUGGCUUUCCUUGGUUUGGUUGAUUGUUCAAAUUUCAGUGAAAUGUCAAAACAUUUUGAUGACACAAAACUGCAGAGCCUGUCAAAAUAUGCCAGAUUCUUUGACUUUGUGCAACUAAAGGCGGAUCUUGUUGGACUGUAUAGCUCACAAACGGUGAGGGAUGAAUGUAAAUCUCCUGGACAGCUUCUCAGCUUUUUGGCCCAGAAGGACCUCAUCCAAACUGUUCCUGAGGCGACAAAGUUACUCCAGCUAGUGCUCACUGUUCCAGCUACUACAGCAUCGGAGGAGCGGUCAUUCUCAGCACUGAAAAGAAUCAAAACAUACAGUCGGAACAGGACCGAUCAAGGACGACUUUCUUCCCUGGCAGUGAUCUCCAUCGAGACAGAAAGACUUUUACAACUGAAGAAAGAUAAGGAAGACUUCUAUAAACAAGUUAUCGAUGCUUUUGUUCAGAAGGAGCGGCGCAUGGACUUCAUUUAUAAGUAAAGGGAAACUUUCUGCUGCGCUUCCUGCGACCACAAAGAGCGGUCCUAGUGCCUCCAUGUACCCUAACCGCCAUUAAACAGAAAAAAAGAAGAACGACGAAGCCAACUUGGAAGUGGUCCAUUGAAAGGUUGAUAGCGCGACCUCCUGCACUGUAGAAUGUAGUAUGGACUGUAAUGUUUACAGCUGAGACCUUUAUUGUGAAAGUCUGUUCCUUACUGCUGUAACAGGAUGUAUGGCACUUCACUAACCGGAAGUGGAGGAGAUGCCGGUGUUCGACCAAGAGGUAAAAUAAAUAAAGAGCUCCCGGGCUAAACUGAGAAUUAAGAGUCCAGUUAUUAUAAAGAUUAGUUUAUUAUACUUCUCGUGUGUAGCUAAUCACAACAUGGUGUCAGAGUAAAAGUAAUAAGACUACGAACCCGCGAGAAAAAAGUAAACUCGUCGAAAAAAAAAGGUGGGUAAGAAGUCAACAAUGGAAGCGUUUGGCGUACCUACCCCGAAGAUGGACUGGGAUUCAUCUAACCUACCAGAUGCGAGAUUCAAGCAACAUGCAGAACUCAUGUUCACAGGACCGCUCAAACAGAGAGCAGAAGAGGAAAAAUGCAGCUUUCUUCUGCUGUGGAUCGACGACAAAGGACGGGACAUCAGCAACACGUGGACACUGACUGAAGAUGAAGCUAAGUUGCUAAAAACAUACUACGACAGAUUCUCAGAAUACCUCACCCCGAAAGCAAACCCUAUAUUUGCAAGAUAUAAAUUCCAGGAGAGACGCAAGGAAACUGAGUCAUUUGAGCACUUUGUGACAGAUCUCAAGCUACUAGUUAAAGACUGUAACUACACAGACAGCGACGAGAUGGUCAGGGACCGUAUAAUUUUCGCUACCAACUCACCCAGAGUGCGCGAAAAACUACUCAGCCAGGGGCCGGAGCUCACGCUCGAAAAAACGAUCGAUAUAGCCCGCUCCCA